AUGCCUGCACGCAUAACACCCGUCGCUACCCUCUCACGAGCCCUCCGGCGGCAGCAGGCUCUCGCGAGCCGCACCAAGCUCUCCGGAUUCUGGUACUCGACCGAGGCGAACCCGGGCCCGCUGGUCCAGGUGACCGACCUGCCAGCGCCCAACAGCGGCCACAUCCGCGUCCUCGAGCUCAACAGGCCGGCUGCGCGCAAUGCUAUCUCGCGAGCGCUGCUGUACAGCCUGCGCGACGAGAUCGAGGCCGUGCACGCGCAGUACAAUGCCGAGACGGGCGCCGAGAUCGAGCAGCCGGGCUUCAAGACGAGGUUCAGCGGUCCCGCGGGCGAUGCCGAGAAGGGUCCGACUCGCGCCUUGAUUAUUGCCAGUGCUGUUGAUACCUGCUUCUGCGCGGGCGCAGACCUCAAGGAGCGGAAGGGAUUUACGCAGGAAGAGACCGCAGCCUUCCUCACGACCCUCCGCGCCACCUUUGCCUCCCUAUCUGCCCUCCCGAUCCCCACGAUAUCGGCCAUCUCGUCGGUCGCUCUGGGCGGCGGCCUCGAGCUCGCCCUCUCGACGCACAUGCGCGUCCUCUCUUCCAACGCCAUGGUCGGGCUCCCGGAGACGAAGCUAGGCAUCAUUCCGGGCGCCGGCGGCACUUACCGACUGCCCGCCCUCAUCGGGGUGCCCCGGGCCCGCGACAUGAUCAUCACCGGCCGCAGGGUCUCCGCGCCCGAGGCCUACUUCCUCGGCAUCGCCGACAGGCUCGUCGAGGUCCUGCCCGAGGAGCAGCAGGAGGGCCGGUCGGAGAAGAGCGACGCGGAGAAGAGCCAGGAGGUCCUGCGCAGCGCGCGGAGGUCGGUCCUGUCCGAGGCCGUCCGCCUGUCGCACGAGAUCUGCGAGGGCGGGCCCGUGGCCGUCCGGGCCGCGCUGCAGGCGGUGCAGCACCCCAUCGAGGCCGUCGAGAACAAGAUGUACGAGCGGGUCGUUGCGACCGAGGACAGGAACGAGGCGCUCAAGGCCUUCUCCGAGAAGAGGAAGCCGGUGUUCAAGGGCCGCUAG